CGAUUCGAUUGUAUUUGGAUAUUGGACGUCAAACUGCUCGGUUUGGAACGUUCGGAAGGAUUUCGAUAGAAGAUAAAACACCGUAAAACACGUCCAGACACGAGGAAGAGCGAGAUAGAACACCUGUCUGCAGCAGGAGGCAGAGAACAAAACACUUCGCGUGGAAGAAGCAGAUUCGUUCAAAGAAAAAAGUGCUACGAAUGGUGAAAAAUUGUACUGCGUUCCGUAGAAUUUUCGAAGAAAGUCGCGUGUAAUUGCAAAAUUUUCGGGUUUUCCGAACAAAAUUAUUUCCAGCCAAAGGAAUAAUCAAUUCGUUUUCGCGAAAGUACAGCAGAAAUAAAGAUGUCUUCGCAUAAAAUUCGAAACGUACUGCUUGUAUUUGCUGUGCUUGGAAUUUCCUGCCUGUUGGCCGGACCGGCUGAGAACGACGAAGUGCAUACAUCCGAUUCGGAAGUAACCCCAGCAACUACUGUUGAUCCCCCAAAUGAUACUACUACACAACCAUCAACCACAUCGACGACAACGGAACUGCCACAAAUACGGCGCAUUCCAGUCAUUGCCCCCAAUACUACAACGGUUCCGCCUAAACCAGUUCCGGACAAUACGACUACGACCUCGUCAUCGACUUCCACAACUACAACCAGCACAACGCCAGCAUCGACUACGUCAACCCCGGCACCGGAUACCACAAGUACCACGGCUCCUACCCCUACUCCGACUUCGUCACCGACGCCCAAUCCGAGUCCUUCGACAUCGACCACGAUCGGACCGCCAACACCCGCCAACUGUAAACACUUCGACGGUUACUCAUUCGUCGGUGGAAUGAUCCUCGCGUACGGUUCCCUAGCGAUCGGUUUUGUACUGUGGAAAUUUUACAAGUCCCGCACCGAACGGAACUACCACAUCCUGUAAAUGGGCGAUGGUAUCGUGAAUCGGCGGGAGUGGGGUAAGUUGACAAGCGAGGACGACGUUUAGGGGGAGUUUUAAACCUUUCACUAGAGAGAAUGUUUGCACCGGUCAGCAGACGGGGGCAGAUCCUUUUUUAUUUUUUUCUUGCAAAUUUGACUGAAUUGAAAUUUUAUCUAUUUUUUUCUUUUCUCUUGAUCGUUCAUAUUCUUAGAAUUGUUUGUGAUUAAGGUAGGAAAAACUAGGGGCGACAGACGAUACUUUCAUGUUGCUCAAUAACUAGAGAAAAUGUAGAACUAUGUAUUUGAAUCUCGAAUUCUGUACGAACCGAAGUUAGCACUUUCGGAGAAUUUUUUAACAUACUUUACUUCUACUACCAUGAGAAAUAAACGUGCAUAGUCAGCGCGGCACAGUGAGCUCAAAUGGCUUUUUUUUUGUUUAUUUUUUUGCUGAAGUUGGCUUCUCAACGCCACACAGAUUCGGUUUCAGUAGUCGACUGAGGACGUGAGACAUUGCAACUUUUUCGCUGCUAUCAACGAAUGUUGAUUGAGUAGCACGAGAUGCGCUUUGUUUGAUUUGUUUCUUCUUUGCAGCGGAAACGUGAGCUCGUCGAUUUCUUUGCACGAGCACACACGUAGAUAAGAGAUUGACGCGAUGUUCUCUCUGGUGCUGUUCUAUUAAAAGGACAUUGUUGCAAUGUUUGUUUUUGCCGUGGAUUGUCGUUUCGAUUGGCUUUGAAUUAGGCUUGAUGAAAUGCAGUCUUAGUUGCCGUAAAUCUAUUAUUUUUUUGGUUACAGAUCGGCAAUGAUUUUCGAACCAUGAAAAUUUUCGUAAUUGCCACAAAAAGCCUUUUGUAAAACUAUAAAUUUAAAAGCAGACUACGUCACCUCUAGUAUAAAAUAAAGCUUUCAAACUUUACUCUUGUUUCUUCUAGUAAAAUUUUUUCACACUAUAAACAGAUUAUUCAAAAACUCGUGACCAAAACCGUUCGACAGAAUAGAACACAAUCAGCAUUUACUAGAUAAAAAAAAUCAUAAAUCAUUUUGUGUCAUACAAUUUAUCAACAUAAAACCAAAACAACUUCGGAUCUGAGAAAGUGGACAAGAAAAACUGUGAACAUCAUUCUGUAAAUAAGGUUUGAAAACAUAAGGCAGAAGAUAAUUGGUAGCUCUUCAUUAUUUUACCCGUUGGCAAAAUUAUUUAACUCAGUAAAACACGAAUAUUUAGAACGCACUAAACACUAAGAAAUUAUCAUAAAUUGGUUCAAGCUUACAAGCAGUAAAUAGAUAUGUCAAACCUGAAACAUCAGUCCAAAAUGAAAACCGUAUGGGAAAAAAUAAUGAAUUUUCUUAUUUAGAAAAAAAAAACAGUAAUAGCAACGAGUCAGAUAAAUGAUGGAAAGUGCUCUUAAUGAAAAAAAAAAAACGAAAACAAAAUGAAAUGUAUAUGUUGAUUCCAACAACGCACGAAUUCAACAGUUAGAAAUAAAAUUCAUCAUGAGUACUUGGUUGAAAAUCGAGUGGAGAAUAACUAACCAUAAAUCCAUCCUUUUUCUAUCAGUUUCGGAAACGGAACAACUAAUUGUUUUUGGGCGAGAAAUCAUCCUCCGUCCUUUUCUUUACAUUGCUUUCCACAAAGAAGUUUUUUAUUGCCUAUUCAGCAUAUGGAAGCUUUAUGGUUAUGUUUCUAUUGUUUAUGUAAAGGAAACUUUAGACUAUCUGCGUCUUGAGGGAUCUUGGUAGGUGUUUCGCGCUCGAAUAUUGAAUCUUUCUUCUCUGUAUGGUCUGUGGUGUGUACUAGAAACAUCAUGAUGUGAAUUCUGCCAGUUUAAGUGGAUUGAUACUGUCCAGUCAUGAAAUGUUCACGAAAAAAAACCAACAAAUAUGUAUUACUGUCACAAUGGCAAUGUAAUGAUGAAUAAAUUUCCUAAUAUUAA